GGCUCUGCCCACUCCCUCUCGGCGCCGCUCGCCCGCCGAGCGCAGCCGCCGCGGCGGGGUCCGCCCGACGGGUCCGCACCAUGGGCAGCCAGGGCUCCAAGGCGGCCAAGGCGGAGGCCAGCGCUCCGCCAGCCGGCCACGCCGCCGCCACCGAGCCCGGUAAAGCCAACGGGCAGGAAAAUGGCCAUUUGAGGUUCAACGGGGACAUGACGCCCAAGGCGGUCGGCGAAGGGGCGCCCGUGAACGGGAACGGCUCUGCCGAACCCCUCCCGGAGGAGAGCAAGGGGGAGGCGGGCGGCGGGGACGCCAUCGAGCCCGCUCCCCCCGCCGAAGAGGGGGACGCCAAACCCGAAGGCGCCGCGGCCCCAAAGGACACCCCCAAGAAGAAGAAGAAGUUCUCCUUCAAGAAAUCCUUCAAGCUGAGCGGGAUCUCCUUUAGGAAGAACAAGAAAGAAGCCGGGGACUCCUCGGGGUCCUCUCCGACGACGGAGGAGCAGGGGAAGGUGGAGGAGAACCCCACUUGCUCGGCGACAGGGGGGACGGAGCCGUCGGCUCCCCCCGAGGAGGGGACAGCGGAGGAACAGGGCAGCCCCGGGGAGAGCGGCGAUGGGCAACAGCAGGGAGCUAAGGAACCCAAGGCUGCAGAAGCCGGGGAGAAAGAGGAGGAGAAGCAGCAGCCAGGGGGGGAAAACCCUGGGGACACAGCCAAACCAGAGGAGCCCUCAAAACCCGCGGAGCCCGAGCCCACGACAGCCCCCGUGGCGGCAGCGGAGCAGAAGGAAGAGUAGAGCCCACUUUGGCAUCGUCCUGAUUUAAGACUCUCACACCAUCCCAGUAACACCAUGGACUCGCUGCCGUGUGUCCCCCCCUCCCCAGCACCUCCCUGUCCCACCUAGGACUGACAACGCUCUCUAAAACCUAUCCCUCCUCCUGUUAUUUCUUCCCACCCCCUCCCUCCCUUCUUAGAAAGCUGGUUUGGAUUCCCACCACCACAACUCGGAGCAGUUUUAUCUUGAACCCCUUGGAACUGGGGAGGAAGACUAUCCUGGACAUAACUGGAAUUUACAGUUUGUAAGACCCCCAGCUCUCCCCCCACCCCGGCUCUGGUCUCCUGAUUGUCCCCUGUCCUCGCCCCCGACCCCGGCAGCCCCCGAAGCCCAGCAAACCAGUGACUGUUCAACGG